AUGUGGCCACAAGCCAAGGCUAUAAGUUUGCUUACAGACCAGGAGAUCCACGGUGAACUCGACAAGAUAGCAAAAGAAGAACAACUCCUUGGAAAGAGGAAAUCGGAACUCCUUGAAGUCAUGGAGAAACGUAAAGUGGUUUCCAAGGUGGUGUUGCCUGAUGUCUUUGAUAGAAUGUCAGAUGAUGAAUUAUUGUUUUACCUCUCCCAAAGAAAGAAAUCAACAACUACUACUACUACCACAACAACAACUACUACAACUACCACCACAAAUAACAACAAUAACAGUAACAACAAUAAUGAUAAUAACAAUAACUAUAACAAUAAUAAUAAUAAUUGUAAUUCUUAA